ACCCUUCGCGCACAUGACCCGGUCACAUGACGGUGAAGCCUCGCUACUACCUCCUGGUUCAUGUUCGGUCAGACAAGCUACCCGGAGCGAAGCUAGCUGUUAGCUUCAACAGUCCCGACGGCCGAGAUGAGUUUCCUGGGAGGUUUGUUUGGGCCGGUAUGUGAGAUAGAUGUACUGCUGAAUGAUGCCGAGAACAGAAAGACGGCCGAGUUGAAGACAGAAGACGGGAAAGUGGAGAAACACUACCUGUUCUAUGAUGGGGAGUCUGUGUCUGGCAAGGUGAAUCUAAAUGUGAAGCAGGGAGGAAAACGACUCGAGCAUCAGGGCAUCCGCAUCGAGUUUGUCGGACAGAUAGAGUUGUUCUCCGAUAAGAGCAACACCCACGAAUUUGUGGACCUUGUGAAAGAGUUAGCUUUACCCGGGGAAAUCACUCAGAACAGAAGCUACGACUUUGAGUUUAUGCAGGUGGAGAAGCCCUACGAGUCGUACACUGGAGCCAACGUCAGGCUAAGGUAUUUUCUCAGGGUGACAAUAGUCCGCCGUCUGUCUGACUUAGUGAAGGAAUACGAGUUAAUUGUCCACCAGUUAGCCACCUACCCAGAUAUCAACAACUCCAUCAAGAUGGAGGUCGGCAUAGAAGACUGUCUUCACAUCGAGUUUGAAUAUAAUAAAUCCAAAUACCACCUUAAAGACGUCAUUGUUGGUAAAAUCUACUUCCUGCUGGUCAGGAUCAAGAUCCAGCACAUGGAACUCCAGCUCAUCAAGAAGGAGAUAACGGGCAUCGGUCCCAGCACUGCCACUGAGACGGAGACGGUUGCAAAAUACGAGAUCAUGGAUGGAGCUCCAGUUAAAGGAGAGUCAAUCCCCAUCAGACUGUUCCUGGCUGGAUAUGACUUGACACCCACUAUGAGGGACGUCAACAAGAAAUUCUCGGUGCGUUUCUUCCUUAAUCUGGUGCUGGUGGAUGAAGAGGACAGAAGAUACUUUAAACAACAGGAGGUUGUUUUGUGGAGAAAAGCCCCAGAGAAGAUACGGAAAAGAAACUUCCAUCAGCGCUACGAGUCACCCGAGCCCCGAACCCAGCCAGUUCAUGCAGAGCAGCCAGAGAUGUGAGGGUGAUGCUAUAAACUCUUAACUACACAUAGACAAACCCCAACUCUUCAUAGCAGAACAGCCAGAAGUGUGAGAGCUGCCCCCACUAUAUUCCUGGACUGAGAAAUAUCACUAUACAUGAAUACACUAUAACGUACCCUCAGAUACCACCACCCUGUCCUUCCUUUUCACUUCACAGCUUCUGAUAAGAGCUGUUCAGCCACCAUCACUCUCUUCCCACCAAGACUGAAACAAAUACGUCUGCGGCGCACAAGUCUGCUGAAUACUAAACGUCAAGGCAAGAGUGCAGAUCAAACCGACUUAGCCUGUUUGAUUUGAGCGUCUCAAACUGACAACACACACUCAGACACACACAAGUGAAGCCAUACAAUCUCAGCUUGCUGAAUGUGUAAUGAAACAAAGAUGGAGACGGUUCCAUGUGACCACCACCACCACCACACCCUCCAUGGAUUUACCCAGAAACAGGAGCUUCUUUACGGUUAAUAUUUUCCUGGACAUUCUCUUUUACCCUCCUGCCUCAACCCCCCCUACAAAAUGAUGUUUUUUAAAAUCUGUAUGGGAUAACGAGUUACUAAAGAAAGGUAGUGGGGAUCAUCUGCAAAGAAAUAACAGAUGACAGGAUAAGCUUUGAGUCACAGCUACACUCUGUUGUUACACACUGUGCUUUCAUUCGUCCGUACUGCUGUUCCCAAGUUUUUCUCUUGUGUCUGGAACCUGCUCAUUUCAAGUAAAAUGUCAACUUGAGUUUUGUGCAAGAAACGUCCAAAUUAACAUAAGUUUAUUUCUAUAUUUCAUCCUACAACUGCUUUUUCCUUCCUGUUCCAGACCAAAAUUCCUACUCAACACAAGCAUAAUGUCAGUGUUUUUCAUUUCAUAAAACUGUUAGAAAUUAAAACUGAUAGAGAUACGACUAAUCAUUUUUAUUACAACAAAACAUAUAUAUAUAAUUUGGCCAUUCAUGAUUUCGUAGAUUUAAGAUCUUGUUUUUUUUGAGAAUUAAAACGUACAAGAUAUUAACACUUGGCAAAUAUUUUAUUCAAAUAUGACUGAAAUGAUUAAGUUAUCAUGACAAUGGUUAAGGUUAAGGUUAAGGUGCUGUUUGGUUAUGAGUAAAAAAAUAUAUUGUUUGUCUUCCAAAGUUAUCUUCGAAUUUGCUCACUAGUAAUACCUAGAUAGCGUAGAGGAAGAAAACUGGGAUAUAUAUAUAUAUAUAUUUAAAAAAAAAACAUUGCUUUGUAAUUUGUGUGAAUCAAAGUUUUCAUCUUCAGGCUAGUUUACAUGAACAGUCAGUGAUGUUCAAAAUGGAUCUUUAAUCUCCUGAAUUUCAAACCUGAGAAAAGUUGAAUGCAUAUAUUCACUGAUUUAAUGGAACAAUGAAUUGAUGUUGGCUCUUAUCAGCAGACUGUACAUCCUCUGUUCAGGUUUUUUUUUUGUUUUGUUUUUUAAACACAGUUUACUUAUUGUACCUGUUGGUUUUGCUAGGUGUAGAAUUCUCUUGUAAACAAAUGGCUCAAGUCUGCUGUGCAACACACUGGAAGACAUUGACAUACUGUAAAAUCCAAUCAUCUGCCACUGUGAUGCUCAGACCAGCAGUUUAGGUCUCACUCACACGCACAGACAUUCACGUUCUCACAGCGCAGCAAUGUUACCGGCCCUGUGUGCUGUCGGCUCUAAUCUGUGGUCAGUUUUGCACGUUUUUUUUCCUUUCAAUAAACUUUGUAUAAAUGGGCAUGGAAGCUGAAAUGAAACUUCACUAAAGAACGACUUCACCUCAGAUCUCCCGUCUGUAAUGGAAAUGAUACUGUCAUGUAUAUGUCACUACUUAUUUUAAUUUGACUCAAGCUUUUGUUACGUUUCAUCAUGCUGCCGUGUUUUGUGUUUGAUUUCUCUGUUGUCCGAACACUCAGAUCUACUGUUUUUGCUAUUCCAUGCAAAUGUUGACUGGUCUUCCUUGUCCUUUGUCUGGAAAUUGUAAUUUAUUUGCAAGUAAUGCUUUGUAUCUCUCUGCCUGUGAGGUGCAAUCUUGAUAUUUUCUGCCUUUCUCAAAACUGCACAGGUGGCGUUUAUUUGGUGUACUUCAAAAAAAAAAAGUUACGAGUUAAUGAAGAAACACUUACAUGCCAAAACUCUCCCUGCCACUUCCUUCUCUAUUGCAUGUUAUUCUUUAUGCAUCCUUAUCACGUCACCUGUGUGUUUGUGUGUGUGUGUGUGUGUGUCUUUGUAUGUAUGAAAGAAAGAAAUGUGUAUAUAUACACCAAACCCAAAUAUAGAGCUUAAGCAAAUAGUGAAUAAAGCAAAUUUAUACUGAA